CCUUCAAGUGUCGCCGCCAAGCGCACGAACCAACUAUGGGCGAACUACAGACUGCGAUGGAGACGUUACCAGUCGAAGACCAACAAGCCAUCACCCACGUCUGGUCCCUCUUCUCCGCCGCCCCCGCAACACACCGUCGGCUCAUGCUAUCAGGGAUUCUGAGUCAGUGUUGUUUCCCACAACUCUCCUUCAUCUCCUCCGCCCUCUCAAACCUCAUCCGAAUCGACUUCAUCACCGCCCUCCCCGCCGAAAUAUCCUUCAAGAUCCUCUCCUACCUCGACCCGAUCUCACUCUGCCGUGCCUCGAUGGUUUGUCGUGAAUGGAAGAGAUUAGCGGACGAUGAUGUCGUGUGGCAUCGGAUGUGUGAGCAGCAUAUUGAUCGGAAGUGUGAGAAGUGCGGAUGGGGGUUGCCGUUGAUGGAGAGGAGGAGGUUGGAGGCUAGCAAGGAGGGGAUUGAGAGACGGAGGAGAGAGUUUGAGAGGAUGAAUGUUGUGCAGAGGGAGUCGGCGCCCACCACUCCAACGACUAUCACGGCGCCGACAUCCACGGCGACGGCGACGGAAGUGACACCGGUUGUUGCGCCGCCACCGGCAGAAGUCCUCCAACCUAUCAUCACCCACGAAAACCCCGACGCACCCUCAACAGCUUCCCACACUUCCGCCUCAAAACGACAACUAUCCGACUCCUCCGACCCCGACGCAGCAGCAGAACCCAUCACAAAGAAACACUGCCCUGAGAUGGCAACCGCUGCACUCGCCUUCAACCACCCUCCUUCCCAACCCGCAACCCGCCCCUGGAAAGACGUCUACUCCGAACGCUGCCGCGUCGAACGCAACUGGCGCCGCGGCCGCUGCACAACUCGCGUCUUCCGCGGCCACACCGACGGCAUAAUGUGUCUCCAAUUCGACGACCGGAUCUUAGCUACGGGGAGUUAUGACACCACGAUUCGAAUCUGGGAUUUGGAGACGGGGAGGGAGAUUAGGGUUUUGAGGGGCCAUGUUAGGGGGGUUAGGUGUUUGAUGUUUGAUGAUAAUAAGUUGAUUUCGGGGAGUAUGGAUCGUACGAUUCGGGUUUGGAAUCGGAAGACUGGGGAGUGUAUUUGUGUACUGGGUGGGCAUACGGAUGGUGUUGUUUCUCUCCAUUUCGAUGAUAAGCUCCUUGCGAGUGGAUCAGCAGACUCGAGCAUCAAGAUCUGGAAUUUCGAGACGAAGGAGUGUUUUACGCUUAGGGGUCACAAGGAUUGGGUCAACUCUGUCAAGAUCCAUUCCGCGAGUCAAACGCUGUACAGCGCCUCUGACGAUACCACGGUGAAGAUGUGGGAUUUGCGGGGCAGGGUUUGUUUGAGGACGUUUACGGGGCAUGUCGGGCAAGUGCAGAAUGUUGUGCCGAUCACGUUGAGUCAGUACAUCGAUCCUGACGAGAUUGAGAUUCCGGCGCAGGAAGCUGAGGCGGAAGGCUCGGAAGCAAACAAAGCCCACCCACGACAUCUGGCGACGAGUUCGUUGGACAAUACCAUCAAAGUCUGGGACGUCCGCACGGGCGCUUGCGUGAAAACCUUUUUCGGCCACGUCGAAGGCGUAUGGGCCCUCGCAGCUGAUAAACUCCGUCUCGCAUCCGGCGCCCACGACAGACUCGUCAAGAUAUGGGAUUGGAGCGGGAAAUGUGAGCAUACCCUCGUUGGACACACGGGGCCUGUUACGUGUGUUGGGUUGGGGGAUAGUAGGAUUGUUAGUGGGAGUGAUGAUGGGGAGGCUAGGUUGUUUGAUUUUGGGGAUUUUGGGGGGGAGAGGGUUGACGUCGGGGAGGGUUCGUCUGCGACGACCACUGCAGCUCCGGCUGUGUGAUUGUGAUUGGUGGAAUGAGUGACGUGAUUGUGGGAAGAACAGUAUGUUCAGUGGACACUUUGAUUUGUAAUGGUUUCGUUCGUACGAGGAUCUGAGG